AUGAGGUCAGCUGACUACCUGAAUAUACUGAACAACCAGGUUAUUCCAUCAAUGGAUUUUUUCUUCCCUGAUGGCACGGGCAUAUUCCAAGAUGACAAUGCCAGGAUUCAUCGGGCUCAAAUUGUGAAAGAGUGGUUCAGGGAGCAUGAGACAUCAUUUUCACACAUGGAUUGGCCACCACAGAGUCCAGACCUGAACCCCUUUGAGAAUUCUUGGGAUGUGCUGGAGAAGACUUUGCACAUGGACUCUUCAAAAAACCUCACUUUUGACCCUUGCAAUAACAACAGUGUGCUUAAUAACGAAUGGAGAAGAACAGACAUAGAGUUUUACACCAACUACGGUGGCUUUGAUGACACCCUUGUUGAAUGGAGUGGCUGGUAUCGUCUGUAUCUUCAAGGAAAAAGUGCUCAGAUUCCUGAGUCUGAUUGGUGUUGGAGUUUUAUGACCUGUGGUGGUUACACACCACUUUUGCUUGGAGGAUCUCAUCCUCAACCAGAGGAUGGCAUCGUCACCCGAGACAUCUAUGGUUCCUACGGCUAUGUGAUUGAUAGCUCACAAUGCAAUUCCCACAAAUCAAACCCAAUCCAAGUCAAAGCCUGCCCAGGAGAUUAUUACGUCUACAGGCUUGUCAGGCCAGUUGUAUCACUUCCAAUGCCAACAUACUGUGCAGUUGUUUUCGACACUCCCAGUUAUGAUCCCUGCAAUAACUACACUGCUCUGGAUCAACCCUGGAGAGGCACUAAUGAGACUGGACUGUGGAUCUGUGACAAUGACUUCAACUGGAAUGGCUGGUAUCGGCUGCUGUAUAACGGGAUGAGUGUCCGUAUGCCAGAGAGCUGUGUUAAUAAAGACAGAUGUGGUACUUAUGUCACUUUGUUCCUGAAUGGAUCUCACCCUCAGAUAGAGGAUGGAAUAGUCACUCGUGCAGUCUGUGGGAAUGUAGGCUGGGGGGACUGCUGUUAUCUUAGAUCUACUCCAAUUCGAGUCAAAGCAUGUCCAGGAAACUAUUAUGUCUAUGAGUUUGUCAAGCCAAACUUCUGUAAUGCAGCUUACUGUGCAGAUGUGAACACCAUCGAUCCAAACACCACCCUGAACUCUACACCUAGUGUUGCACUAUCAAGUAUUAACACUACAGACACUCCAAAAAACCUCACUUUUGACCCCUGCAAUGUCUCCAGAGUUCUUGAUGAUUACUGGAGAUCAGUUGACACUAGUGACCGUGGUCAUGAUGACACUCUUCUUGAAUGGAAUGGCUGGUAUCAGCUGUAUAUUGAGGGAAGAAGGGCUCAGAUUCCUGAACCUGAAUGGUUUUGGAGUUUGGAUUCCUGUGGUGGUUACACACCACUUUUCCUUGGAGGAUCUCAUCCUCGACCAGAGGAUGGCAUCGUCACCAGAGACAUCUAUGGAACAUAUAGCUAUGUGGCUGAUAGCAGUCAGUGCAAUUUCUACAAAUCAAACCCAAUCCAAGUCAAAGCCUGCCCAGGAAAUUACUACGUCUACAAGCUUGUCAAGCCAGCUGUGUCAAUUCCAAUGCCCACAUACUGCGCAGUUAAGACUCUCAGUUAUGAUCCCUGCAAUAACUACACUGCUCUGGAUCAACCCUGGAGAGGCACUAAUGAGACUGGACUGUGGAUCUGUGAUGACAACUUCAACAGGAAAGCCUGGUAUCGGCUGCUGUACAAUGGGAUGAGCGUCCGUAUGCCAGAGAGCUGUGUUAAAAAAGAUAGUUGUGGUACUUAUAUCACUCUGUGGCUAAAUGGCUCUCACCCUCAGAUAGAGGAUGGAAUAGUCACUCGUGCAGUGUGUGGGAAUGAUGGAUCGGACUGCUGUUCUUACAGAGCCUACCCAAUUCGAGUCAAAGCAUGUCCAGGAAACUAUUAUGUCUAUGAGUUUGCCAGGCCAAUCUAUUGCUCUGCAGGUUACUGUGCAGAUGUGAACACCAUCACUCCAAACAACACAUUGAUGUCUGUGACCAGUGAUGCAAUAUCAAGUAUAAACACUAGUGCUCAUUGA